UUCUCCAUAUCAUAUGUUUAUUCAAAAAACGACUCGAUAUGGAAGAGUAGUUAAGGGGUUUGAAAAGGGGUCUGUCAACUAGUCAUUUAAUAUGCAGAUUUGUGUCCUAUGGUGUGACGGCAAACAUUUAGAAGAAUAACAAUAAAGAUAAAUCUUGUUUAUGCUGUUUUAUAUGAUAAAUAUAAAUAAUAAUAUAAAACAUUGUAAUAUUAACAGUUUGUUUUCUUAAUUUUGCUAUCCAAAUGCAGAAUUUGAGAAGACGAAAAUUUGAGCCACUAGAGGGAGCAGCACAUCAUGAAAAACAGAAAAGCAUUGCAGUUAGGUUAAUGUGUAGGGUUUCCAAUUUUCAUCUGAUAUCGCCUGCCUUGAUCUGACUAUUUGCUUAUUUUGUACGCUUUUACGUGACACCCAGCUCUGUGUGAACAGCAAAAGCAAAAAACAAAUUGGGAAUUUAACGAAAAAACAUGACAUGAUUAAUACCACGUACCAUCAUUGUAAUGGAUGUCUUUUCCUCUUUGUGCAAACGUACAGGACUGCUUUUAUUGUGGAUCCAUCAUAAGAGGAUGGAUUUAUGAGCCGACUACACCAACCUUUGUCCUUCACUUCUCUACUAUAGUCUCCAAUGUACACCCAUGUUAAUUAGACCUGUGGACCUUGAGAGUUAUUUCAGAUAACUAACUAUAAUGCUCAAGCUUCUCUUAAUGUUUGUAACUUAAUUUUUUAUAUAGGCUUAGAAACUAUAUUGUUCAACCUCUCUUAAUGUUUUUUUUACUUAAAUUUAAUAUACAUGUAUGUGUUCAUGGAAGAUUAAUAUCAAUUCUGUUAAUGUCUCAGUAGCUACAGACAACAAAAAGAAAAAUAACAUUUUUCAUACUUACGGAACAAACUGCUCAGGUACCGGAAGGCACGCUAGCUAGGUAGGCAGCUCACUUGGCUUUCAGAUUUUGAGACGCUUCCUUUGAUCCUGUUGUUCAUUAACGUCCUCAGGUGAGAACACAGUCAACAACGUGAAGCAGAAGGUCGUCUUAUCUCAACCCCGCAAUUCCCUUUCGGAUAAAUCAAUUCUUCACUGUUUUUUAUUGGGAAACAUGACAAAAGAUACUGGAAAAGCUGGAUUACGACAAGAAACAUUACUGGAAUUUUUGCAUAUAUAAUUGCUAUAUAAUCAGACAAAGCGUGUGCUUGAAACGUGAACGUUAUUACAGAAGUUUCUUUAAAUUUCCUUGCAAAUCACUUUUACCGUGUUGCGCUUUUUGUCCACUUUUAUAUCUCUUGAUAAUGGAUUGCCGCAGAUGGUUGUUUGUAUGUGUUUUUUGGACAUUCUUAAAGCAAAGUCAUUUCAUAAGUCAGUCUUGCUUCAAUGGAAGUUAUAUGAUGAAUGUUGUUUUGUUGGAUGACGACGUGUCGCCAUGGAGUAUCAAUUUUGUUAAGUCCGCAGUUUUGAGAGCAGUUGAACAUGAUUCUGAAAUCAACUUUAAAGACGGUGUGAGUCGCAAUUUAACAGUCAACUUCAAAGGGUUUCAAACCAUUUAUUACCUGCGAAAAGGCUGCACCAGUAGCACCUGCGAGGGGGUUGAAAGUUUAAAUGAACUAAAGUAUGCAGGUGAGGUGGGAUGUGCUCUCCUGGGACCAACCUGCACCCUUGCUACUUUCCAAAUGGUUGACGUGGAGAUUGGCCUGGACCUCAACAUGCCCAUCAUCUCAGCGGGAAGCUUUGGACUGUCCUGUGACUUCAAAAAAGAGCUCACUCGCCUUCUGCCUCCAGCGCGAAAAAUCUCGAGCUUCUUCGUUUCAUUUUGGAAAUUUGAAGAUCAUAUCAAGCCUACGUGGAAAACUGUGUAUAUAUACAAGAAACUGAAUAACACAGAGGACUGUUUUUGGUACAUGAAUGCUCUUGAGGUGGAUUCAGCUCCCUUUUCAUCGAGUUUAGAGAAGCGAGUCAUUCUACGAAAAGAGGACGAGCUCAGCGAGGCUCUGGCCAGCAAAGAUCGGGCGAGUAAUUUGUUUAUUAUAUGCGGAAGGCCUGAUGACAUAAUGGAUCUGAAGAAUGGCACUCAAAUGGACUCUGAUCCAGAAAGUGCUUUUCUUCUUAUUGAUCUUUACAAUGACAUCUAUUACAAUGGGUCGUCUAACCCUGCUAUGAGGAAUGUCCUGGUUCUAACAAUGCCCAACACAAGAAACUAUACUAUUGACACAUCUGGUAACAACACGAUGAAUGAUUACAUCGCAGCAUAUCAUGAUGCAGUGCUGCUGUUUGGGCAGGUGAUAAGAAACAUCAUUACCAGCUCUGACUUUCAGCAAAUGGAGACAGUGAGCGUUAACUACUUCAGAAAUGUGUCUUUCAAUGGUAUCGCUGGAGAUUAUGAGCUGGAUGAGUAUGGUGACAGGGAUCUGAUAUUUUCUUUGAUAUACACUAAUAAGGACAAUGAGUAUAAAGUUCUUUAUGAGUUCAACACUACUACCAACGUUACAUACUUAAAGGACAACAAUCCAGACUUUAUUUGGCCUCAGCUUCGUCUACCUGACGACCAUCCAGAUACUAAAGGCCAGCAGAUCCAGGGUAUUGUAAUAACAUUGGGAGCAACUGUUGUUGGAGUGAUGGCCACACUUGCCUUCAUCUUUUACUGGCAAAACAGAUCUUAUCGUAACAUGCAGAAGAAAUGGUCUCACAUUCCAUCAGAGCUCAUCACACCUUUAGAGUUGAACGAGAGGAAUAUGAUCAGUUUGAAGAUUGAAGAAGACUCAAUAAAAAGUAAUAGUUACAACUUACGCCGUGCACGCUAUGAUAAAAAGAUGGUUAUACUUAAAGAGUUGAAGUACACAGAUGGAAGCUUUACUGAGAAACAGAGGAGAGAGCUCAAUGCGCUUUUGAAAAUUGAUUAUUACAACCUGACCAAAUUCUAUGGGACAGUCAAGUUUGACAAUGAGGUUUUUGGAGUGUUUGAGUAUGGAGAGAGGGGGUCCCUAAGACAUGUGCUUAAAGAAAAGAUUUCAUACCCAGAUGGGACUUUCAUGGACUGGCAGUAUAAAAUCUCUGUGAUGUAUGACAUCGCAAAGGGCAUGUCUUAUCUCCAUGCAAGCAACAUUGCUGUCCAUGGCCGACUUAAAUCCACCAACUGUGUGGUUGACAACCGUAUGGUAGUGAAGAUUGCGGACUUUGGCGUCAAUACGAUUCUCAGUCCCAGUAAAGAUCUUUGGACAGCCCCCGAACACUUGCGGAAACAGGGAAUCUCUCAGAAAGGAGAUGUCUACAGUUUUGCUAUUAUUUCCCAGGAGAUCAUGAUGAGGAAGUGCACAUUCUACACAAACACCUGCUCAGAUCGUGCUGAGAAGCUGGCCAGAGUGCAAUACCCCAGUCUGACCUCUUGUUUCAGACCUGAUCUAAACUUUGAGAAUGCAGGUGAAAGAGAACAAGAGGUUUGCAUGCUGAUCCGAAAUUGUUGGGACGAGGACCCAGACAGAAGACCAGACUUCAAAAAGAUAGAAUUCACACUACGAAAGAUUGUCAGUCUAGACAACCGGGCAGAUGAGAGUUACAUGGAAAACCUGAUUCGGAGGUUGCAGAUGUAUUCCCGCAACUUGGAGCGCCUGGUUGAGGAACGCACGGCUCUGUACAAGGCUGAAAGAGAUAGAGCAGACUACCUAAAUUUCAUGCUGCUGCCUGGACCGGUUGUGCGUUCUUUAAAGGAAAAAGGAAUGGUGGAACCUGAGCUUUUUGAAGAGGUCACCAUCUACUUUAGUGACAUUGUAGGCUUUACUGCUUUGUGCUACUAUAGCACACCAAUGGAGGUGGUUGACAUGCUUAAUGACAUCUACAAGAACUUUGACAGCAUUCUUGACAAUCAUGACGUCUAUAAGGUUGAGACUAUUGGUGAUGCCUACAUGGUGGUCUCUGGUCUGCCUCGACGGAAUGGAAACAGACAUGCAAUGGAUAUCUGCCACAUGGCUCUGGAUAUCUUGGCCUUCAUGGGCACAUUUCAGUUACGCCAUUUGCCCGGCCUGCCAGUGUGGAUCCGUAUUGGUGUGCAUUCAGGUCCUUGUGCUGCUGGUGUUGUGGGAAUUAAAAUGCCCAGAUAUUGCCUGUUUGGAGACACUGUGAACAUAGCAUCUCGCAUGGAGUCCACGGGUCUACCAUUGAGAAUCCAUGUGAGCGAGUCAACCAUCAGCAUUCUCCAGCGCACAGACCGCAAGUUUGAGUAUGAAAAGAGAGGAGAAACGUACUUAAAGGGUAAAGGAAAAGAAACGACGUACUGGUUGACGGGAGUUACAGGGCAAGAUCAUAACCUGCAGACGCCUCCAACAGCAGAAAACAUGCAACACCUGCAACAAGAUCUGGCUCAAAUGCUCAAGACUUGCCUAGAGAAUCGUCCCACUAGCAUGCGGAAAAGAAAGACCCUGUCAACACGCCAAAAAAAGCUUGGAGCCGAAAUCGAGAUGGAGUGCACAGAGCAGCCAGAGUAUCUUCAUCUGGCCACUGAUGAAAGUACAUAUCUGUAAGAACAUAACAUAAACAUUUGGACAGCAUUCCCUUGUUGACUGUACUGGACAUACUCCAAAAUGUACAUAUUGUACC